ACGCCAGCAUGCCGCCAUGGACGACAGACCCCUGCCCAGCGGCUUCGCCGUCUUCACCACCUUCCCCGAGCUGCUCUUCAUCUGGGAGCUUGUCUUUGGGGGCCUGGUGUGGAUGAUGGUCACCUCAUCCCAGUUGCCCCAUCCUCUCGUCCAGGGCUGGGUGGUGUUCGUGUCUGUGUUCUGCUUCAUAGGCACCACUGCCCUGCUCCUCCUCUACCUAACUGGCGCCCACGGUGGUGAGGCUUCCUGGGUCUCGCUGGAAGCAGCCUACCACUGUCUCGCCGUCCUGCUUUACUCUCUGUCCUCAGUCCUAGAAAUUCUGGCCACCACCUACAUGCAAGAUGGCUUCACAUAUGAACGUUACCUUGAAAACAUCUCUGCUGUGGUAUUUUCAUGCAUAGCUGCUCUGCUGUACAUGGUCCAUGUGGUGUCUCUUUAACCAGAUGAAAGGUUUCAGAACUUUAAAGCUGAAGACCUUUAGCUGAAAACAGAUGGUGUUAACUGAUCAGCCGCCUUCCAGCAUAACUUUUUAGAAUGCAGAAAUGCUCGCAAUGGUGGAAAAAGGAAACCACAAGAAGAGAAACUCUCUGCAUCUUGUGG